AGUCAACGGGAAUGCGGUAACUGUUGGUAACAGAACAAUGAGCUGCGCGCCAAGCCAAGUCUCUCUUCGGUGCCACCCGCGGGCGAGGCCGGAUUAAUCACCGCUGCUGCCGGCGGCCCAUGUGUCCUGAUGUCCUGGAACCCGAACCCCGUUCCCCGUGCCUUGAAAUGCUGGAGCCUACGGAGGGCGUCCGAAACUGCCCUACAGAGCAGUCGCCGGGCAGUUGAAGAUCAACUAAAGAUACGUGGCCACAAGAGGGAUGCUGAUGUCUUCGAGCUGUUCCUUUCUAAAAAGGAACUGACAGAGGUCAUUGAUCUUUCUAGGUUUAAAAAAUUAAAAUACUUAUGGCUUCAUCAUAACAAGCUCCAUGGAAUAACAUUUCUAACUAGAAACUAUUGUCUGACAGAACUGUAUCUAAACAAUAAUGCAAUAUUUGAGAUAGAAGGCCUGCAUUGUUUGCCUUCAUUGAAUAUACUCCUGCUACACCACAAUGAGUUAACCAAUAUUGAUGCAACAGUGAAGGAAUUACAGGGAAUGCUAAAUCUGAAGAUCCUAAGUCUAUACCAAAAUCCUUUGUGCCAAUAUAACCUGUAUCGUUUAUAUAUCAUCUACCACCUUCCAGGAGUGGAGCUGCUUGACCGAAAUCAAGUUACAGAAAAAGAAAGAAGAUCAAUGAUUACCAUUUUUAACCAUAAAAAGGCUCAUAUCGUUCAAUCAAUAGCAUUCAGAGGAAAAGUAGACGCUUCAUGGGGUCCUAAAUCACCAUUUAAGCAAAAACCAGCCCAGAGAGUACCUUCAGAUUUUGGAUUUGCAAAUAAUGUAGACAAAACUGUGUUCGAUGACCCAGAAGAUGCUGUUUUUGUGAGGUCCAUGAAGAGAUCAGUGAUGACUUUGACCUCUAUGAACUGGAACACAGUUCCAACACGAGAGGAAAGAUACCUCGAAGAGGAAGGCACAGAGCCGGCUCAAAUGCUCACAGUUACACUGAGAUGAGCCCUGGUAUUUCUAGAAAUCAUAGUGGUUUUCAAUUGUAUAUUAAACUUUCCCGUGACUUAGCGUAUUACAUACUACUAUGAUAUUAUUUGAGAUAUUUAAAUGUAAACAGAAACACCAAUAAUGAAAAAUAAUUCUUACAUUUUAGGUUUUUUAAUGUAAAAUUGUUUAAGUAUAAAUGUGUACAGAAAUGUAUAAAAUUCAUAAGUGUCCAACUCAAUGAAUUUUUAAAAAUUGAACAUGUUUAUGUAACUGGCAUGCUAGAUCAAGAAAUAGAACACUAUCAGGACUCUGAAAGCUCCCUCCUUCCUGUACCAGUCACUACUCACCCUUCCAAAGUAAUCACUGUCCUGAUUUCUAGACAAUAAAUUAACCAUGUCUGAUUUCAAAAGGCAUAUAAAUGGAAUCAUAGAAGAUGAA